AUGCCAGCGCACUCCUUGCUAAUACCCUACCUCCAGGUUGACGGACAUGCUGCAACGCGUCAAACUGCUACUCAGCAACUUGAGAGCGCUUCUAGGGAGAACUACCCAGUGUAUAUGUUGAUGUUAUCAGAUGAGCUCCGCAACGAGAAUUCUCAAAUCCAUACCCGCAAUGCCGCUAGUCUUGCACUCACAAAUGCUCUCUCUGCCGGUGAUUCAACAAGGCAAGACGACUGCUCUGCAAGAUGGAUGGCCCUCGAUGUCGAUGCCAGACAGAAGAUCAAGGAGGCAUUCCCAUUCGAAGCAUUCAAACAAGCAUUCCUCGCUGCUGCUGACGUAGAAGACCGCCUCCGCCGUGCUACAGAACUCUUCGUCAAACGUAUCAAAGAAAAUCGCAUCAGCCGUGGACGAGUCUUUUUCCGUCAGCAAUUAGCGGCAAUUCAACGCGAGCUUCAAAGUUUGCAAAGCUCUCCUGCGAGUGUUGGUCCUGGGUUCGGUGGGGAGGAGUAUGAGGCGCAGAGGUACACGGAGGCUAUUGGAGAGUAUCAGACUUUGGAGAGGAGAGUUGUUCUGUCUCUCAACCUCCUGAACCUCGUACAAACCCUCAUCAUUAUCGCGCUCGCUCUCGACAUCGUUCAGGUCGUCCUCUCCCUGUUGGGUACAGCACAUUUGCACAUCACCUCUUGGUUAUGCAUACCCAAUCCUUUGCAUGGCGUGCUACCCCUCGCACGCGUACUUGCACUCCUUCCUCUCCUCGUGGCGCUCUUCUUCCCUCGUGUCAUUUACCUUUCUGCGCAAUCAUAUGGUUACACAGAAGAAGUUGAUGUAUAG